AAAAUAAACAAUGGCGGGAGGAACAUGGCAGUUAAUUCUCCUAAAAUACUUAACGAUAUUUCACAUUUAGAACCCCGCUCGAAGGCUAACUACCCAUGGAGAACAUCUUCAAGAUAUUGGCCUUAAAUCAGAGGGUUGAAUAUCUCCACUUAAAGAAAAAAGAAGGCGAUAUUUAGCAUAUAAUUAUGGGAGUAGCGGUGAGUAGUCGACCGAAGAGUUUAGACAACACCAAGUUGAAAGUCGGCAAGAAACCUUCGAAAAAAGAUCCUGUGAAUAUCCAAGUGCUUUCUACAGCGUUUAUUCCCUCAGACAUAACUGUAUUUUCUGGACAGGUUAUCCAGUGGAAKUGGACCAGUUCUGAGAAUUCAGAACUGCAUCACAACAUAAGACAGGUAACUUUUAGUGAGUCAGGUCAACCCGUCCCUGUCCCCCAUGGGCUGUGCAGUGGCCAGUUAUGUCCUGCUGGUAACUUUGAAGUUGAGAUUGUAGCCCCUGGAGUUUACUACUUUAUAAGUGAAGGACAUUCUAGUCUGAGAACCACAACUAUCAAAGUCCUAGCAGCUCCACAAGAGACUAUCAAAGUAACAGACCAGAGGUUUGAACCUAAUUUUGUUGAGAUCAAUGAAGGAGAAUCAAUAACAUGGAAGUGGGAAUCUGGAAAGGGAACUUUGAAGAAAAUAGAGUACUGUUCAAAACAUGGUGGAGUUGCAUUUUCGAAUUUGAAUAUUACCUGUAAUACUGACCAGGGAAAUGUCUACACAUAUACAGAAAGCUUUGAAAAACCAGGUUUAUAUUACUUUACUGGAGAAACUCAAGACCAGCUGYGUAUCAUCAAGGUUCUACAGACAGCCAGGGAACAUUCAAUCAAGUUUCUUGAGCACAGAGCUGAGCCGUCUUUUAUAAAUGGAUUUGUGGGAGACAGGAUAUGGGUGCAACAGGGACUGCCAAAGAAAAAUAAUGGAAGUUCGCACUUGAUGGUGAAAUCUGAAGAUGGUGGCGUUUUGGUUUCAUCAAGACCCCGCGGGAAAACCAAGCCAGAUAGGUGUCCCAGUCUGAUAUCAUACUGUUUUGCCUUGCCUGGUAUCUAUCGAGUGGUGUGCGUCAAUGGAUUAUCUACCUUACAGUGCAUCAUCCUGGUACAGACCAAACCACGUGACUACGUCAUUAGAAUUAGUCCUCAAGGAUUCGAGCCAGAGCUCGGUAGUGUAAAACAGGGUGACAGAAUUUGGUGGAUGUGGACUGAGGAAGAGAGCGAUAAGUGUGGCUUUCUCAUUAAAGAGGAAGAACGCAUCGCAGCCGUCAGUCAAGACUUCUUGGGAACUAGAGAAACAGACUGCAAAUGCUUUAAAUCAAAUGAUCAUCUUUCGUCAAUCGGUCAAUAUGGUCUCUUGUUCAAGACUGCUGAUACACCAGGCCUGUUUACAUACCGUGUGAAAGCUAUAGRAGACUGGUCUCCACCUGAGCGUGAUGUUUGUUCUAUCAUUGUACAAAGCGUUUGUAAGAACCACGUUGUCCGUGUGAGUGACCACGGUUUUCAGCCUCAAAUCGUGAAUGUCCAUCCUGGUGAAAGCGUGACAUGGACUUGGCUUGACACCAACAUAUCACACACCAUUCAGCAGGUAUCCCAUGAAAGAACGCCAGUGGAUGAUGGUUUCCAUAGCAACUUCUUAAGCCYCUCCCCAGAUGCACUCAGUCACGUGUUCACAGAUCUUGGUGUCUUCUAUUUCACAAGUGCCAACUUGUCAUCAGUGUAUGGUGCCGUUGUCGUUACGGCAGGGAAUCAGGUGCAUAAAAUAGAAGUUACCCUACACGGUAUCGAGCCUGACCCCCUGGGGGUACGGGUAGGGGAUAUUGUUUGUUGGAGGUGGAGUAGUGACCAACUGUACAGCAUUAAUGCUAUCGAGUCACCUGACGAAAUCGAAAACAUCGUCAAGACUCAGGAUAUUCCUAUACAAAGACGCUGCGUUGCUGCUACCUUCAAGACAACUGGAAUAUAUCACUUUUCCUGUACAGCUUACCUCGGGGACGAGGACCAGCCUGAGAUCCAUGCCUGUGAUUCUUUCAUCAAUACCAUAUACGUCGAUCCCGCUCCAUAUUCCUGUCGUGUAAACGUGUCACGUGAUGGGUUCCAGCCCCACACGGUCACUCUUGCUAAACACGAGAGUGUUCUAUGGAGUUGGGAAAGCAUACCAGACGAGCAGCAUAACAUUCUCUUAAUACAGAACCCCAGUGAUAAGGACAGUAUUGUCCCUGCACGUGGUCCGGCCUUCUUCGAGAGUGGUCCAAUAAUUAAUCGAAGCAGUUUUUUCCAUACCUUCGAUACUCCGGGUUCGUACUGGGUGACGUCACACGGGACGGAUGGGAAAUCUUGUCGUAUUGAUGUUCUUCAUGAAGCCAAGCGCGUGAUGCCUCCGACAAUAGUUAAUGGUAAUGACGGUGGCAACGUGGAGCUCUUUUACACUGUGUUCCUGUCAUGUGUUGAUCGCGAUGUCGAUAUUCUCUAUACUUUGGAUGGUUCCAUGCCCGUUGAAAAUCUUCCUAAUAGUAAGGUUUAUGAUUGGCAGGAGGGAAUCAGGUUGAGUCGAGCUGGUUUGUAUCUUGUGAGAGCUAUAGCAAUAAAAACGGGGUGGAUACCCAGUGAAAUAUUUACCUCAAGACGAUUCUGGGUUCUUGCUGAAGAAGAGGUUGAUGCUGCCUUUGAAGAACAAAGUAUUGAAGACCACCUGGGGCUGAGACAAGAGAUAACCAACUGGCAAUGGGCUUCUUGUGCUCCUGAGAUUUCGAGUACUUUUGUCUUUGAUAAUGUGAUCCGCGUUGAUUUCACUCUUUCCCCAAACGCACAGCCAUCUUUGAUCGCUGGAUUCCAGCUCUUCCUGAAUGAUCAGCCCUAUGGAGGAUGGUUGUGUGCCAGCUGUCCUGGGGUAGAGGUCAGCGGACUUACUGGCGGGAAAAGAUAUCACGUGGUUAUCGUUGUGUUUCCAGCUCAGCAAGAGUUUAGUCCGCAGUUGUCCAAUGAGUUGAUCAUAAAGUGUCCUGCAGUUUCAUCAUUUGGUGGCCCCAUCAUUUCCUUGGAGACCUGCGAUCGUGUUGAUGCUCUCGUCAUCGUCUGGCCAGCCAAUCAGGACAUUGUAUACAAUCUAUUGGUUAAUGGUCAACCAAUGAGAGAGCAGGUUUCCGCCGAGCCAGAUAAUGAUUACUGUCGAGUUUUGUUCGAAACUGAGAACGUCGACGAAGAAGAAAAAACAUUCACCAUAAUGACUGUUAUCGGAGAAAAUCCACAGCUGGUAUCGAAUGAAAUACAGUUUUCCCUUCCUUUGCCCAUCGAGAUUAUCCAACCCACUGGACUUAAAUCUAUACAACAAGAUCAAGAAGUGAAUACAUCAGAAGACAGCAACCCAAGUACGAGUCCAUCCAGUGUAUCAAAGGAACUACUGAUAGUCUCUGAGUUGUCUGUUGCUGUGAUGCCUUCCAGACCAGACGGUGAAGCAUCGUUUUUUUCUCCUGAAACAUCUCCGUUUCAGAGUACGCUGGACACCAUCCACGAGGAUAAACAACUCGAUGUAGUCAGUCCCCCUCCCAGGCCAUCUUCCACGGAAUACACUGAUGAAGUUAUCAGAGAGGAGAGUCUGGAGCAGUUAGAUGAGCAGAACAAGAGUGGUAAUAGCAACGAAGGGAUGGAGGAUGUGGACGGCGGGGCAGAAAUUCUAGAGGAAAUUGAUGAUGAUAAGAGCUUGAAGGGGUUACACUCUGAGGAUGGCAUCAGUAAGGAACAAGGCGAGCAUACACAGGACAAAGAUGAUGCUAGCAAUCAAGAGAUGGAGGGUGCUGAUAAGACUGUUGAAGGCGGGGCAGAUUUUGUACAGGAAGAUGGCGAUGAUAACGACUUAAAAAGAGUGCAUCCUGAGGAACACGACUUACAAGAACAGAACAAAGAUGACAAUGGCAGCCAAGACAAAGGCGCAUGUGAUGGAACUAUGGACUCUUUUGCAGGAAAUAUCUAUGGACCUCUAGAAGAAUAUUCAAAUGAUACUAAUCUCUUGGAAUGGGAGUGUGUUUAUUCUUCCAAUUGUGAUUAUUAUGUAGAUGGCAUCGAUGAUGACAAUGAACAUACGAAUGGGCUUGCAAAUAUUUGUAUUAUUGAAUGUAUCCAAACAAGGACCAGAAAUAUUUCCAGUUAUUUAGAUUAUGAAAUAUCUUCCAACGUUGCAAAGUCUUCCUCGCGCAAGACGAGCGGUGAAGAACUUGUAUUUUAUUCAUGUGAGAUUUGUGAUGACUUAGCAAUGGAAACCCCUUGGUGUGAAUCCUAUGGAAUACUAAAAGAAAUAGAAACCUUUGAAGAAAGGUUUAGCGUAGUAGAACAUAGUGUUAUGUUUUGGAAUGCCAUAGUAAAAAACGAGAUGAUGGARUCUGCAGAUGAUGGCAUAAGCCCUGUUGUCAGAGAUGUACAGAUUCUCCAAGGUACUCCAUCCGUCGAGAUGAAGAAAGUUCCUGCUCUUGACCAGAAGGCUCAUAAGUCUGAUAAAGAUAAAGAAAAAGAAAUAUCAUUGGAGAAUGAUAGCAAUAAUAAGGAGUAUAUGCUAACAGUACAGACGACUCCUGAAUUAGAAGUCCCAGAUGAUAAAGAAGAAACUAUUACUGAGCCCUAUGGUGAGGAUAAAUCUUCAUCUGUGAUUAGGACUCAGUUGUCUCCUGAGCUGACAGUAGCUGUCAAAGGGACAUCACAGAAUACAGUAAUUCUGGAAUGGGAGGAUGAGUGUGGCAUUGAUUCACCUGUGUACUACCUAAUGGUGUUUGGGGACAAGUUUAACAGUGAAGUCGACAGCAAAUAUAGAUAUGGUUUCAAAAGCAGCCCAACACCUGACAUAUGGCCAAAUAAUGAGGCAACAAAUGAGCAACACUGCUGGCCGAUCAAAAACGAUGUUAUAGAGAUUCGUGGGCUCAAGCCAAGACAUCGUUACAGAAUCGCGGUUGUGGCCAUACCAUGUGACAGAAAUACCAUCGACAGCAGUAUUAUAUCACGUGACAGUAACACGGCGUCUCCUCGAUCAGAGAUUAUAACUUUUACGAUGCCUGGGCGACCCAAAGCACCUGUUAUCUACGUCACAGCCCUCAGGGACAGAGAAUUUACUAUAAGUUGGCGACCACCGUGUUCCUAUGGAGACGCUAGAGUUGUAGGAUAUCGAAUACUGGCGAACGGCAAACAACAUGGAGAGCUGUUACCUCAUGAUGCUAUCCAUCAUACUCUAUCAGAUCUACAGUACGGUACAUUUAUACACAUUAGUCUUGUAGCCGUAACCCGACAUCACGUGGGAGACAGCACUCCAUCAAAUGUCGUUACCAUAGGCUGUCCCCACCCUCCCCCUCCACCAGAGAUCCGUGAGACCACCACAACGAGUCCAGAUUCUAUCUGUAUCACGUGGUCUGCGAUUACUACAGCUAUCGAUCCUGAUCAGCUUAAGCUUCUCUCCAGCUAUGACGUGUUUGUUGAUGACGUUUUCCAUGGUAGCUGCCCUGCUGGUGACAUCGCAGAUAUAUUUAUGGAUUCGUUUACCUAUACUAUCCCAGAGUGCAUUGCGGGCAGUGAAUACUCGGUCAAGGUCAAAGGUCACGUGGAUCCACAAGCGAUUGAGUCCAGUCAACCAGUUCAUAUGUGUGGUUGCUAUGGUGAACCGUCUAAUACCUUGCUAGUUCGUUGUCUUGAGGCGUCUUGUGCUCCUGUUCUUCGUGUCGAAAGCAUGGAUGAAUCUGCUAUCAAUCUAUCGUGGGAUAAACCAAUGGUGUAUGGCGCACGUCACAUCACGGGUUACAUUCUCCGUGUACACGGUCAUAACCAUGACAACGUCAUCGACGCUGAUUUACAGAGCGCGAAACUUCCAAUCCUGUCACUUGGCAACGAUAUUGAAGUUACGCUACUAGCUCUGAUAAAUAACACAGAAGACGAUGCUCGUCGCCAAGGACAAAGGCAUUUAGAAUUAGCUAAUGACGUAGGAGCUCCGGCACAGGAACCCCAGGACAGUGGAGUUGAAAGCAGCUCGAGCGUAUUAAUAGACAAACGAAGUGCGAAAAAGCUCCUUUCUGCCCCUCUCACUCUCCACUUGUGGGGGUUUGUCAGGAGGGUUUGUGAUGUGCAGAUAAAACAGGUCUGUUGCUGUUCAGCUUUGGUUCAGUGGAAUCUACAGGAGGGCGAUGAAAUGAACCAAGCUCGACGUCAUGACGUUUUCAUUGAACCGGAAAUAUUUAAGGUGAAGUGCUGGAAAAGCGAAGAGCUUACUGCGCAGGAACUGGAACCCAUCGAGACUUCAAGUUUGAAUAUUCAUCUGAGUAAUUUGACGCCAUUAUCAAGGUACGGUGUGGUAAUCGAAGCUUUUGCCCACCAUCCAAAUUAUACAGAAAAAUAUACUGGUUGGAACGUUUCAAGAUCAGAUAAGAUUUGGUUUGACACUAAACCUCGACCAGACACUCUUCAGAAUGUUCGAGUGGUGUUCAGUACUGUGAGCUCUAUAUGCUUGGCCUGGGACCUGCCUAGUGAUAACGGUUCAUUCAAAAAUAUUGAAUUAAAUGUUUAUAAAAAGUAUAAUGGUGAUUACGAUGAUGGUGGUGAUGUGACGUCACUCGGCGAUGCUCUAUUUAACUUUGUCAUCAACCCUCACAUGACGUCAUAUACCAUCCAUAACCUCGAUCCCAAGACGAUGUAUGUGUUCACUCUUAAAACAUUAUACAUGCACAUAGAUGCUUUAAAUGACAGGCAAUGUUCUGGCGAAGCUGUUUCUGUUGAGGCUUGUACCAGUGGCGUUGAUAGACCACGUGAUCUCCACGUGAUCAAACGGACACCUUUCUCGAUACAUGUUUCCUGGAAACCUGCUGUUGCUUACGGCGAUCUCGAGAUCUUAUACUAUUUAGUACACUGUACUGAAAAGAAAAGCAGGACUUCACAAGGGGUCGUCUCAGAUAGCAAUUGUAUAAGAGUGCCGCAGGGCUCAGCUAUGGGACCCCAGACGGAAAUACCAGGCCUAGAGCCCGGUGUGGUGUAUAGUAUUGUGGUUGAAGCGGUUGUUGGAUUGUUAGACAAAGAUGUCGAAGAAGGCGAGGAAGAAGACAAACAAGUUAACGAUGGCGAUGAGGUUGAAUCGAGUAUCGGGAGUUCUGAAAGUGACUGGGUGUCUUCCGUUUGUUCGGACUUUCUCUCCAAGCCCCUGGCGGCCAGUACUGUUGCACCUCCUGGGGUACCUGUGUUAUUUGUGACUGGAAUAUCAGCUACUCAAAUUCAUCUUGCCUGGAAUAAGCCAGUAGCCCUUCUACUUGAUUCAGAAGCUCGAAAUAGAGCUGUAGGUCAGGAAUGCCGUGGUCGUGUGCGUCAAAUAAGUGGAUAUUCCUUGGAGGUUAAUGGUCGAGUGGUCACAAAACUAACGUCAGAUAAACACAAUUUUACUCUCAAACGAUGCAAACCAGGGAUGAAAUACACGUGCUACCUUGUCGUCAUGACGACAGCAGGAGAUUCUGGCGGGAAAAGAAGCAAGAAAACUGAGGGGUUGAACAACAAGCAAGUAAUCGCAGUCAAUAAAACAGAACUCGAGUCAGAUGAUGAGACUGAUACAAGUUUCCAAGAGUCAAGAUCUGAACCACUAGAGGUCACAAUCCCCCGACAGGAACACCCAUUAGUAGUGAACAUCCACUACAGUCCCACCAGUGGUAGCCAUGUUUCGUCUGUUUCGUCUUCCAGUAGCGAGGAGUCUGAUGAGGGAUGUGUUGUGGUUGAAUGGAAAUCCAGUGCUGCGCUGGAGGGCGUGGGCUCGUACAAGGUGAAUUGGAAGAGCAUAUUCGAUGAAGGGUCAGAAGAUUAUCUGUUGCCAUCCAGCAGUAGUUAUAAAAUCUAUCCCGUUAAACAAAGGUCUGUCUAUACGGUAUGGCUUAAAAUGUUACGUGGAGACGGUUCAUCGAUCUCCUGGGGUCCUUUGUUUUGUCAGGUACCAGGUCGACCCGACCCUCCCUGGAUAUGGUGCCGUAGUGUGUCUUCUAAUCGCAUUCUUGUGGAGUGGAAUGAACCUGAAAUGUACGGAGUGGACACAAUACGGGCUUAUCAAGUCAAUCUAAAUGGCAGACAACUUGGAAAGCUCUUGAGCCCACAAAGUAGGAAGGUAGCGGUUCACUGUCAGCCGAGUAGUGUCUACCGAAUAGUUGUACUGGCGUUAUCAACUGACCCUAAUCUUGGCGGCUCAGAUCCGUCCAAUCUCCUCACGAUCUGUACACCCGGAGUAAAAGACAAGAGCCUGGAYCCUAAACAGAACAUUCGAAUCAAACCCGUAUGGGCUGAGAAUGAUAGCAUUACUGUUGAAUGGAGCGAAGAUAACAAUCUCUUGAUUGUCGAUCAUUACGUGAUCAAAUGGAGCUCGGUUCUUCAUCCUCAGUCGACAGAAACAAUUGUACCAGUAGAUCAUGUCUCUUACACUAUUGAAGACUGCAAACCAGGUACCAGGCACUUCAUAGCAGUUGCGGCUGUUGAUGACCAAGGAAAACUGGUGUCGAAAUCUCAGCAGUUGACUGUCCAGACGUCAGCACCGUUAACUGCACCCAAGCUUCGACUGAGUUCUUCAUUACCGUCCAGUAUCCAAGUCGAAUGGGACAGAUCAAUACCAAUGGGGGAUGCUACUGUUCACGCCUAUGAGAUCAAGGUCAACGAUGUCGUACGAUCAACCCUUGAUAGCAGCGAGUUAUGUUUUGAAUGGAAAGACUGCACUCCUUGUGCUACUUAUGAUUUCCAAAUCAAGGUAAUAAGUACCAAAGAGGAUUGCCAUAGCAACUGGUCUGAAGUACUCUCAGUUACAURCCCUGGUGCGUUCGUUCCUGUGAUAACUCGUGCACCGUCCAAUCAUAUUAAUGCUAUCCACGUGACCUGGUAUACUCUUGAUCUUGUGGGCGGGGCAACUGUCAAAUCAUAUAAGGUGCAUUACUUGGCGAAUGAAGAACCAAACUUAACAAAUGACUCCAUUGUUAACAAUCCUGCUACUGUCACUCAUGGCCCCUUAAACGAUAGCACCAAUGAAGACACCUUGGACAAUGCGCUCCCUACCCUACCCUACUGGGUAGUACUUGAGGUUAACCUUCUCCCUGAGGGGUGCAUAACGGUGUUCUCUCGGCCAAUCAAAACAAAGGUUGCUGUUCCCCCAGAUCCACCGCAGAUCAGAGUGAACGUUAUCGGGUUAAACGAAAGACGAGCAUUGGAAAGGUUUGUUUGUGGACUUGCUCAAAUAAAGGACAGAAUCUGCCUGAAGCUACAGUCGCUACAGAACUCGGUGGUCGUGAAAGGAUCCAAACGAAAAGAAAUACAGAUUUGUAAGAAUUUUGCUACCAUGAGUAACCUUGAAGUUGAACUCAAAAACUGCGUUCAAAAUAUCAAGGAUCUUACAGGAUUAGUGAAUGCCAACAUAACGUGGUCCUUACCACAUGACGAUGGUGACGCAACUGUGACUGGGUACCAGGUGUUGAUGGAUGGAGAAGAACAUGGAACACCGCUGGACAAAGAUAUUUUAUGUACCUACUUAAAGCUACCAGCUUCGUCUAAGGAUCACGUGAUAUCCGUCAAAACUUUAACAAACCAUCCCAUCGGGCAUAGCGGCCCCUCGAACGCCGUGACCAUCUGCGCUAAAGAUUUCUUACCAUUCGUACAGUUUUGCUACUUUGACGUUCAUUCCGAGUCAACAGGAUGCAGCUACGAACAAAGUCUCACUCAUGAAACUCAAAACAAAUUGAUUUCUACGCACAGGGGUUCCCUCGGGAAACCUCUCCCCUCCCCUGUGUGCAAUGUGACAGACGUGGUCGAACUCUGUACUAAACCUUUAUUGACCUCCAAUGAGAAACCCCGAGCAGUUUUGUUCUGGACCAUUUGGUGUCAUUCAUCAAUCAAGGCAAUGGAGGUGUUCAUUCAGUUCGCUAGUGAAUACUCUCGUGAGCUUGAUUUCACAACCUGCUGUAUAAAUAGUAACCAACCAGCCAGCGGUCAUCACCAAUCUCUCCAUGAUCUACUUUCAUCACGUGGCUGGAAAGGCCAGGCUACGAACGUACAACACACCUGUGGUUGUCAUGCCGACAAUCACCGGCCAUCCUUUCAGCGAUCUGCAGGGCGUGAUCAGAAAACUGGUGUGAGUCACGUGUUUGGGCUUGUUGGCGUACCGACCCUCGUGCUUUGUAAUAAAGAAGGUUACAUAAUAUGGCAAGGCCGCUGCUGUAUCCAGGACUACUCGGAAUAUCAACAGUUUAUGUGCCACGCCCUUAGCGAGGCCUCCAGUCAGUCAUGCGCCRUGAAGAACUGUACGCAGUGUUUACUGGAUCAUGAACUAAACACUAUGGAUAUCAACGGUCCUUCCUCUCAGAUGGAUAGCGACCCAAGUGAUUGCUUCAGUUAUGAGAGGACAAAACGCGACUCCAGCCUAGAGGUGACGGGUCGAUUGUCACGGGUCAGACAGAAAAGACUCUCAUUGGUUGACAAUAAUUCUGCUGACAAAACAGGUUUAACAGGUCUGGCGAAAGGAGAUGGGAUAGCACUGGCUGAUAGAACGUCGUUUGAGAAUCUUCACCCUACUCUGGUAGAAGAGACAGAGAAUCUACACAGGCGAUUACACGGCACACAUCUAAAUGACACAAUUACUCAUCCCAAAACCUCUCAAUCCAAGUCUUCCCAACCCACCCGUCCCCAAACCACACAAUCAUCCACGCGCAAUCAUACAAAAACGCCACAGAACACUUCCUCAUCAAAAACUCGAAAAUCCGUUCGCUUUUUGGGUCCCGAGAGAUCGAAAAGUGCGGCAUAUCGAACAAGAACUUCUGUCUUCCAGGACCGCUUUUCUCCCUUGAUGGUUUCUACGUUACCUAGCCUCGCAGUGAAAAGUGAGCCAACUCUACCCAAGAAUAGAAAUCGUUCGGCUACUUCGAAGCAAAAACAAAAAAUAUCUGUCGAUAAAUUUUCGCCCAUUUAAGAGAUUCAUAUAGUUUACGUAUUUAUAUUCAUAUUUAUUUUUAGAAGUUCCUGGAUCUCAUAAGCUGGUAUUAUGUUAGAUUCAGAUUUAUAAGCCACAUGAGGACAAAAUGAUCUGGCGUGGAUCGCCAGCGUAA